AAAUUCAAAAACAACAAGGAAGUCUCAGUGUUUCUGUGCAAUCAUUGUAUUAACAAUCAAUUGUACGAUAUUUUGGACGCUUUAAUGUCGAAACAACUGAUUCGCGUCAAUAAGUUAGUGUUGGAUCAGUACAACUGGACAGCCGUUCAUAGAGCUGCCCAUCUCAAAGAUACUCGACUCAUGCAUAUGUUUUUAAGUAGAGUAAUUAACUAA